UACUCAUUCCGUCCAGGUACAGCGGAAGCCGACCGACCUGAGGUUGCUCCGCUCCCUCUAUUCUUGUGUGCCUGCGCCAGAUUAUCGGUUCCGUUUCGAGCAGCGUUACCGCGCCUCUUUCGCAGCAGCCGCGGCUGUGCCUCAUAGGGAAUAACAGGAGCGGGGAUACGUAUUAUAUGAACGUUUUCGUGUUUCAGUGCACUCGCGCGGGGAAAUGAUGCAUUGAGGACGCGUCUUAUCUCCUGAGCUCCAUUACACCCACCUCGAUCGGCGCGAAGCAUCACAAAUGGCUACUCUUUUGCGGAAAAUCGGUCUAAUUCGACUGCACGACCGAGACACGGAGGACCCGAAGCAUCACCACCAGGGCUCGCUGAAAGGGACUAAAGGCAACCAGAAGAACAACAACACGAAGCACUGCAACACCAGCAACGAGACCAACAACAUCCUCAGCACGCCAGAAAUCAAAGCCAGGCGCUUCGACGUGUCCGGCAAGGACAAGCCCGCCGUCAAACCGGACAAACCGAGCAAGGACGCGAAAGAGAAGCAGCAGACGGGAGGCGGCAAGGCGACGAGCGGCUCCGUGAUGCCCCCGCCGGCGGCGAACCGGCAGCACUGCACCCAGGUGCGGACGCGGAGGCUGAUGAAGGAGCUGCAGGAGAUCCGGCGGCUCGGGGACAGCUUCAUCACGGUGGAGCUGGCGGACGAUAACCUCUUUGACUGGAACGUCAAGCUGCACCAGGUGGACAAGGACUCCGCGCUGUGGCAGGACAUGAAGGAGACCAACACCGAGUACAUACUGCUGAAUGUCACCUUCCCCGACAAUUUCCCGUUCUCCCCGCCGUUCAUGCGCGUCCUGACGCCGCGGCUGGAGAACGGAUACGUGCUGGACGGCGGCGCGAUCUGCAUGGAGUUAUUGACGCCCCGCGGCUGGUCGAGCGCGUACACCGUCGAGGCCGUGAUGAGGCAGUUCGCUGCCAGUCUGGUCAAAGGACAGGGUCGUAUCUGCAGGAAAGCAGGCAAGUCUAAGAAGGCCUUUAGUCGUAAGGAAGCCGAGGCGACCUUCAAGAGCCUUGUCAAGACCCAUGAGAAGUAUGGCUGGGUGUCCCCUCCCGUAUCCGACGGCUGAUGUCAGCAUCUUCGACAGCGAUCCCGACACGGCUUUUUUCAGUUGGGUUUUCUUCUUUUUCAUCAUCAAACUUAACUACGAAAAAAAAAACAAGCUAGCGCGUCAUAUCUUACACAUAAACGUGGCACAUUCACCAUCACUCCGUCCUUCACUCUUCUUCAUCGAGGUGCCAUGGACCGAACACUUGCUGCGAUAUCACAAUUACUCAUGAGUGGGCGUCACUGCAGCUACAUACAGCUAUGGAUUCUGGAUACGAUUGAGGCUCCAAGCAAAGUUAUAUGUGCACCAUCUCCACUCUAUAUCCUUGUCUGUGUAGCUUCUUUUUUUUUUUCCCUCCAUCCAUCCCUCUCUCUUUCCUUUUAUAGCUGACAAUGCAUUGCACUGAACAGCAUCAAACCAUUUACAUGCAAAUGACUUUGUUAACACUUAAUAGAUAAGCAGAUCAUUACACUACAUUUGAGUUUCGGUUUCUCUGGUUUCCUCCUCAUUGGCUGUGCUGUUUUUCACGGUUGGAUGCAACAUAAUGAUUGUAAUUUAUGUAGAGCUGUGCUCUUUCUAUUCCUCCGUACACGUGGCAAAAUUUAGACAUCACUGUGUUGCGUAGAUGGUCAUUGAUUUCCGAUGGAGAAAAAAAUACUGUAGGGCUUUGUUCAGACAGGCAGCAAAUAUCUGAUUUAUUUUUAUUUCUUUUACCAUAUCGGACUUAAAUUCGAGUCUGAACACAUCCGUAUGUGGUGCGAAAUCCAAAUUUUAAGAUCUGAAUCGAUCUUUUUAGCUCAUAUCUCCUCAAAUGUUCGGUGAGUGCACGAGUCAGCAGUUUUGGACACUGUGAAUGCGUGAAAAUGCCUCUUGUGAGUCCAGUGCUGCCACAACAUGCCAUGAUACACUGAGCAGAGGCAAAAUUCCCAGUUUUCCAUCCUGUUUUUCCACACUGACAGCUGCUCUCGGUUGUUAUAUGAGAAAGUCUGGCAUCGUGGCAAGUAGAUGCAUCGGAUAUCGACCACACGACACACACGCCACUUACAAAACGAUGCACUGGUCCGUCCUAAAGAUCGUGAUUUGAAAAAUUGGAUUGAUAUGCGGUGUGAACAAAGCCUUCAUUGCUUUUGCAGAGGUCUAAGUAAAAAAAAAAUGAAGCACCUCUGUUGGUCAUUCCAUUAUUUGUUUGUGGAGAAGACCAAAAGCUCUUAAUUCGGAUGGUUUAGAUACCAGAUGGCAUUAACGAAUGUCAGUGUCCCAAUGGGAUCUUAGUAUUGGCAAGAGAGAGGCAUGUGACAGACACGCGAGAUGUUGAGCACUGAGUGAAAGGACCACGCAGAUCGCGCAAAAAGUAAAGACGUAAAGAACUUCUCACCUUCACAUGCCGAUGCCACAGCUGAUGCCCCAAACAUUAAUUGUGCUGAUUCUCUUGUACUACGUCGGCUCAUAAAUCGAUACUCUUGUGGUUGUGGGCCUGAUUCCUCCACCUUGCACUGACUCUGCAUCACUGUGCCGAUCGAUACUAGACUAGAACAACCGGACAAAAUGGCCGACGGCCCAGGAAAUAAGAUCUCAAGACUGUAAACGUCGCUCUCAAAUCGCGUAAAUCAAAGCGCGUCGGCAUCAAACUUGGUAGCCGGUGCUGCCAUUGUUGACGAGAGCCAGAUGAAGAAGGACAGAGGUGGGAAGAGAGAGAGAGAAAGAGAGAGAGACGCUGAGGGGGCGACUCCUUUGUUCUGAAACCUUGAGGAAUGAGGGCGUCUCGUUUAGUUGGCUGAUUGAUGCUCAGAGAGAGCCGCAGCUCGACGCCUUGAUGUUUAUUGACUUCUCCUUCAAAUGUCAGCGUGAAUCCGGAACGCCUCAGACUGCAUCUUGUGAGCGAUGAGAUGUAGAAGAGCUCUGUUUAUUUUAGACCCCACCCAACCCACGGUCGCUCUCCACACGGCGUGCGAAAUACAAAUGGCACGAUGGGCGAAAAAAGGCAAAAUCACGGGUUUCGUCGACACAUUGGCCGUUUUAAAUGAAUGAGUUACUCUCAAAAUUCAAUCCUGCCAUUUUCUAACCUGUGUGGUGCGGCAACCCGCGCGAAACGCAAAUGGAUAAAUGCUGAAGUGUGUAUUUGAUGCUCUUUUCCAUUUUAGGGUUGAUCUUUAAUAUAGACGUACAACAAAAUCAAGAAAAUAAGUGAAAAGUGUCGCUGUCUGCUUUGAUUCAUAUACGGUGCAUUUAAACUCCAUGAGUCACGAGUUGAUCUUGAAGUAUGAAUAUGUGGAAAUGCAAAUGAGAGCUAUGGCAGAGGGGAGGAUGAUAUAAGAUCCCUCCUUUGUCUGACACUAAUUGUUAUCAUUAGAUCACGAUACAUUUAUGGUGCAUUGUUUGUCAUUUUGGAGCUUCCCAUUAACUUAUAUUAUAUGGAUAAGAGCAGCAAUUGCAUUCUUUUUUGCUUUAUAAAAGAAAGUCAGUCGUACAUGUUUGGGUGCGUAAACUACGACUGAGUUUUCAUUUUUGGGUGAAUUUGGAAAAAUCAGAUUUCCUUGUUGUGAAAUGCGUUUCAUGUGAUGUAUUGAGGAAAGUCUUCUCCAGACAUGGAAACAGCAUGUGCCAAAUGCUUAAUGUACUUUGUCACCAUUUCCUUGUGUGUUUUCUCGUGUGUAACCGCUGCGCUCUCAAUAGAAAGACUCUUUGCUCUCUCUGACCAUUUCAAAUGUCACACAAGACGCUGCUAAUUAAUAUGGCAUUUGAACAAAAAAAAAAACAAACAAAACAAAACGAUGAAGACAUUGAUGCAUCAGUGAUAAAACCAGAAAUGCUGAUGCCCUGAAGGCGGAUGAAGGGGAAACAACACUGAUGAUCUGUAAUUGAUAUUUAUUAUUUCUGUCUAGUAGCUUUUUGUGUUCUUGAUAUUAAGGUGAUCCGGUAAAAUGAACGGUGACUGUGCAACGCUUCAAAAGGCAAUCCGGCGGCAAGCACUACAUUUUACUGUAUAAAGUGAUCAUUUUAUCCCGGUCAUUGAAAUCAAAUACACUUUGAUCACCGGAGAACCUGUAAUUCAUGUUCGUAUCACUGCAGCGAUUGUAAAAACAUGCGGAAACCCUCGUGGGUGGCUUAUUGCAGAUUUCUGUGUCUGGUCGCAGAUGGUAUCUCUUAUCACUACUGAAGUGCAUUUGGUCUUCUCCAGACUCUGUUUGGACAUUAUUGAAAAGUGGUCGUGUGUUUUCCUAUUUAGCGAGAGGAGAUACUAUACCAAGGACUUAUUAUUAUAACCAGUCAAAAAUAUCGCGAAAUUGGAUGUUUUCCGGUUUAAAGCAUAAUUUUGUGAUAUAGUUUAGAUCAGUAGUUUGCAGAAACUAACUAACAGAGUUAAUCGUCCAAACGAGUGAGAUGAUUCUGUUGUAUUAUAUCUGCAUGUGGUCUGUGAUUGUUAGCUAGCUAACUUGUUUUAUUUUUCUUUGUUUUUCAAAAAAAAAGCAAGAAAGUAACGAAAAAGAGCAGAAGCCGCUUCUUUGUAUUUUUAUUUUUGUUUGUUCGUUUGUUCAGUUUGUCCUAAUUUUCUUUAUUAUUGUCCUUAAAUGUCAAAUUGUGUUCUAUGAAUGUGUUUUAAUUUAUUUGUAGUUUGCCAAAAUGAAGAUUUUGAAGCAUGUUGCAGGCAUUGUCACUGAUGAUAAAAAAAAAGAGAAAGAAAAAUAAAUGAAAAAAUAUAAUAUAUGUACCUGAAUUGAAAGGAGUCUGGUAUAUGUAGUGAUCUCAGGCUUUCACGGGGUGAAAGGUAAAACUACAAGACAAUGUGUUUUCUGCACUGCAUAAACAUCAUGCCAGGAUGUGGUCAGAGCAAAACCAAACAGGAAUGUGCAAUAAAGGCUGUAGGCUGAUUCCACCCUGGAA